AUGGAGAAAUUGAGAAGGCUUGUUACGGAGAUCGCCUACGCUCACAGUCUCGCUAAGCUUCCUCCUCUUCAACGCUCUGUCGUUCCUUUCCUUUCUGCAGCCUCUUCUACCUACAAGCUCGUCCUUUCCCUUCGCUACUAUCUCUACGAAGUUGGCUUCUUUCAAAGGCACCGGUUACCUCUACCUGUUAUUAGUGUCGGGAAUUUGACAUGGGGAGGCAAUGGGAAGACACCGAUGGUUGAGUUCAUCGCACUCUGGUUAGCUGAUUGUGGAAUUUCGCCUCUGAUUCUUUCCAGGGGUUAUGGAGGUGGGGAUGAAGUCAACAUGCUUCGAAGACACUUAUCUGGGACAACUGUUCAAUUUGGUGUUGGUGCAAAUCGAGCAGCUGUUGCAAGUCAUUUCAUCCAAAAAUAUGGCUAUAUUAAUGGCUAUCAAAGUUCAUGGUGUGAGGAACUUUGCCUUAGUAGGAAGAAGGAAAGUUAUCGCGAUUCCAAAAAAGUUGGAGUUGCAGUUCUUGAUGAUGCAAUGCAGCAUUGGAGCUUGUGGCGAGAUUUGGAGAUUGUAAUGGUUAAUGGAUUAACUCUUUGGGGUAACCUUCAACUAAUGCCACUUGGACCGCUAAGGGAACCUUUGACUGCACUUCGACGAGCAGAUGUUGUUGUUGUACACCAUGCUGACUUAGUUUCUGAAGAUAGUCUUGAGGAUAUCAAGUCAAUUGUUCAAAAAGUUAAAGAGUCUGUUCCUGUUUUCUUUACUAGAAUGGAUCCAUCGUACUUAAUUGACGUGAGAACCAUCAACUCCAAAGUACCCUUGAGGGUUGUACAUAAAGCCCUUGCAUUAUGUGUUUCUGCAAUCGGUUCUGCAGAUUCUUUUGUGAAGCAGGUCCAAAAGAUGGGAGCUGUUUAUGUUGAUCGAGUUGAUUUUAGUGAUCAUCAUAUAUUUGAUGCUGAGGAUAUUCAGAUGAUCAGAGCCAGACUUGGAGAACUAGAGAUCAGGUUUGGUUUGAAGCCAAUCGUCAUAGUGACAGAGAAGGAUUAUGAUAGGGACCCAGAGAUCCUUAAACGAUUAGAUCCAUUCAAAGUUUUUGUUCUCUGUUCUAAAUUGAAGGUGGUGCCCUACUGCAACAGCUCAGAGGAAAGCUUCAAGAAGUGUCUGAGGGAUCAGCUGAAAUUAAAAUUUCCUGUUGCAAAUUAGCUAGUUUAUACCUUAUUUGAAACAUUCCCUCACAAGCAUGUGCUCAAAAUAUUCAUAUUUGUAAAGCCUCUCAGUAUUGCAAUUGAAGUUAUUGGACUAGCUAUUUAUUGCGUCGACCAUGAUGGUCUAGGCUCGAAUUAAAAAACGUUUUUGAUUUGGAUAGCAA